GUUUCAUGGAAACGAUGUCGCCUUAAAGGCCACAGGUCCAUUUUACUGUUUUUGCCUUAUUUAUAAUUGUUUUUUUGUGCAAACCAUGUAUGUUGGAUACCUACUGGAUAAAGAAAGCGGCAUGUAUCACCAAGGGCCAGUGAGAAGAUCUAGCAUCAACCUGCCUCCCCAGAACUUUGUUUCUACGCCACAGUACGCCGAAUUUACUGGAUACAAUCAUGUGCCAAGCAUGGAUACGCACGCGCAGUCUGCGGGGAGUUGGGGACCUACAUACGGAGCCCCACGGGAGGACUGGGGUGCAUAUAGUCUGGGGCCACCAAAUGCGAUUCCCACACCCAUGAACAACUCAUCUCCCGGACAGGUUCCUUACUGUUCAUCUCAGUACAGUCACAUGCAUCCUCCGGGAUCUGCGGUGCUGCCGCCUCCGCCGGAGAACAUUCCUGUCGCACAACUUUCCCCCGAUAGAGAGAGACGCAAUUCGUACCAGUGGAUGAGUAAAACCGCGCAAGCCUCAUCUACAGGUAAAACAAGAACGAAGGAGAAAUACAGGGUAGUGUACACAGACCACCAGAGGCUGGAGCUGGAGAAAGAGUUUCAUUUUAACCGAUACAUAACCAUCAGGAGGAAAUCCGAGCUGGCUGUCAACCUGGGCCUCUCAGAAAGACAGGUCAAAAUCUGGUUUCAGAACCGCAGGGCCAAAGAGAGGAAACUGAUCAAGAAGAAGAUGGGUCAGAGUGACGGCAGCGGGGGGUCCGUGCACAGCGACCCGGGUUCAGUGAGUCCUCUGCCGAUGCCGGGGUCCCUCAGUCCCACAGACAUGCACGGGUCUCUGUACCCUCCUCAGGGAAUGAACACCUUGCCAUCUAUCAGGAAUAUACAGCAAGUGACUGUGACUCAGUGAAGUUCUCAUCUGUCUGGACCAUGUAACAAAACUGAGCACUCCGACACGCUGACGGGACACGCAGCCACAGGAACUGAACUCUCGUCCUGAGGCACAAAGCUGUGGAUUAACAUUUGAGCUAUCAAAUCAAUCAAAUGCUGGAGGCUCUUUAAAUAUUGCUUUUUUAAUAGAAUAGAUUUAAUGACGUGGAGAUUGAACGAGAAACAAAUCGACAUGUUUCAAAUUUAAAUGUUUCAAACUGUUUGUGACUUAAUAUGAGAUAAAUAUUCUUUGUAUGUGAUGAAGAGUACAUGUAUAUGAAUAAAGUUUACUCAGGAAGUUUAAAUCGGACUCGUUAGCUCGUGUCACACUGGACAAACGACUUUGAAGUCGUCUACAUUUUCCAGCAGAUGUUAAUGACAACGGUGGUAACAUUCAAAAUGUAAAUAAAAUACUUUUUUUCUGUAAACCUGCAUUUUUUUGUUAUAUUUUGGGUUAAAAGGUGCAAAGUUUCACAUUUGAACAGUCCGGUUUGUGUAUAGUGAAUUUAUAGACACAUUUCAAUCCUUUUUUUCGCCGGUUUUGGCUGAU